GUCCUUCUCUCGCGGUAGACGGACGCGCCUAACUUACACCUUGAUCCUCGCCUUGCCGCGAUCUCUCUCUUUUCGUUGUUGUGCUUUUUGUUUUGUUUUGUUUUUUGUUUUUUUUUUCGCCAAGCGUAAUAGACGAGUGUCAUCUUGGUUGCACGCAUCUGGUUGUCUCUGGUGUAUGACGGUAUUUCUACCUUCGUAUCCCUUUCGGUUGUUGCUGUUGUGGAAUAUGGUGGCUUCUCGCUCUCCGUGAACACAUUGAGACGUCCGUGUCGCCACAACCAGGGCAGGGACAGGAUUUUGUUGCCAGGAUUCGGGUUCUCAGUUUUUUUUAUGAUCGACAGGAGCGUUUAUUCAUUUUUUUCUGCAGAGUCGCCGCAGUAGUGCUCUUCCAGUGUCGGAUUGCGCGGAUUGAGUGGAAGCGUGUCUGUCUGUCUGUGCUGGAGUUAGGAGUUCGGAGGCGGCUUUCCUUGUGACUUCCGGUCACCAAUUGAUUCACAAAAAUUUGACAGUGCGAUCUCUCUGUUGCUCUGUGUCGUUGUUGUCAUUGCAUCUGCGUGCGGGCGAUUGGGCGGGGUGUAGUAGCGGAAUUCUUUUCUGAAGCCUAGUAUCAUUGUUGUGAUAGCUGAUUCCCAAGGCGGGUGUGGUUUGGGUAGAAGUUUGUGCGGUUAUUCGAGUGGUUAUCAGGGGUUGCGCUUGCUUAUUUAGCGAAGCGCUGUUGUGUCGUGGGAGCAUACGACGUGCUGUUAAAUUGAAUUAUCAGUGGAGAAGAGUUGCGUUGAGGAUUUAAUAUGAUCACUGAGCAUUGACGAAGCGAGGAGUUCAAUGUUUAUGCCGGACAGCUGGUUCGCAGUGGUUACGUUGCCCUUUUUCGUUGAAUGUGAAGGGGAGCUUCUGUUGUGAAGUUUGCUGUUGGAUUCCGUUGAUGCUUGCGGAAGAGACAGCUUUUGCCUUCUAUUUUGCAUCUAGCAGGGGUUUUAGAUGUGGAGUGACUGCGAUAAACUGUUCCGUGGUCCACGGUGCCUUCAGCUUGAAUCUCCGAUUUCUUUGUUUGCUUUAAGCUCUGGCCCUUCAGCAACAAGCAUCCGUGGCUCCUCUUUGUUCUACGGUGAUUGAAGUGGCUGGUUGCCAAGACACCUUGGAAUUCGUUCGCUUUGAGUUUGUAUGCGGUCAUGAAGGGCUUGAAAACGAGGAUAUGAUUAAAGGAACGAUGCAGCAUGUUUCAAGAGGGCGCCAGGUGUCUCUUCGAGGCGCCAGCGCAAAGGAGCAAACUCGAGAUGAGUUGCUGGAUCGAGUGGCACAAGAGAGAGCAAUUCGUUCUCUAGCCAAACAGGCUGGUGCAUCGGCUUUGGUUAUUCAGAGAAUAUGGAGGGGUCGCACCGUCGCACGAAAAGCUGCUGCUCAAGCUCGCGCAGACUGGGAUGAGCAAUUCUUAUCACGACGUGUUGAAAAUCAAUCUCCAAUUUCUGCUGACGCAAUCUCAAAUGAAAUGCUGCGUCCCCUCUUUAUGAUUUUACGACAUUCAAGUUGUUUCAGUCUUCAUCAGAUUCGAGAGAGCUCUGAAGAUGCUGGCCGACUCUCAACUUGUUUUCGGCUACUCUUACAGAGCAUCCAAAACCCAGAUGUACGAUAUAAUUACUGCGAUCUAUCGGUUGGGUUUCCGGAUAAAAUGUCGAAAUGGAUGCAUCAGGCACGACAACUUCUCAGACUUGCUUGUGCUGCCUUAGAAAAUGAGAGUUAUGGGGUUCGUGAAGCAGACCAGAAAGGAACGGACAGAAAUCACAUGGCACAAGAAGGUUCUAAUUUAGCAGGAUUAGCAAUGCGAGUGAUGGUUUCAUUAACGGAUAGUAGUACAUGGAAGUGCUUUGGUGAGCCAGGGCAGGAGGUCAGGAAACGGAAGGCAGAGCUUGUUGUGCUGAGGCUGCUAGAGUGGCUUGCAAGUGGAAGCGCUGGUCUAUUCUUGGCUGUUCGGUCAUAUAUACUGGCAAAUUUCCCAGUUCCUGGCAUUAAAGAUCAACUUGUUCGUCCCCGCGGGAAGAAAGACAAGUUUAUAAUCACGGCAAGCAUAAUCACAGUUACAUUGAGACCCCUGCUCGUACUAUCUGCUGAGUGUGAUAAAGACGGACAGAAUGAUGAGAAUCCGAAUGAUCGGAAGGACUACACGUCUGCAGCAAACAGAGCAGCAGCACAAUUUUCUGCGCACAUUCUCACCAUUCCUUUUCUACCACAACGUUUACCGCAGCCGCUAUUGCCAGCUUUGCAACACCCUACAGCUCUUUUUCCAUGCCUGCGGUCUUUUGGGGUGCCUAUAAGAAAUCUGCUCCGAAUAGCAACAGCUACGUCCGCUUUACCUUGUCUACCAUCAUUUCAAGGAAAAGUUGAUUCCAAGUUAGCGGGUGUGCCACUUUCAGCAUGGGCUUUAUCCAAUAUAGUAUGCCUUGCUUCUCAUACCGUGAAAGACAGUCUUCAGUUCGUGAAUGGUUUAGUAUGUCAAGAUUAUGUUCAAGCUCUAUGUUACCUUUUAGAGGACUUGAAUCCAUGGAUCGAAACUACAAGAAAGCGUAGGAAAGCUGAGAAGAAUGCCGCGGAGGAUGCAGACGACAGAGAUGAUGAGGAUACCAAAGCUGUUGGGGUUGGGAACGAGACCUCGAAAGCUCGUGAGACAAUCAUCUUCCAGUUGCUUGUGGAAAGUCUCAGACCUCUGCAUCAGCAAUGGCAUCUUCUUCAAGUCAUGAACGAAGCUGCUUUGAAUGAUUCCGCACCUAUGAUGUUUAUAGCUACUGCGCAACGAUCACUGAAGGGUGUUACGGGAAAGCUCUUCAGUCUAUCGGACGUAGCGAAACUAUAUUCCAGUUUGUUGCCAGCUUUUGCAGUUCUGAACCCCUUCGGAGGGGCUCUACCAAUUCUUAACCUACUUGCCUUCACUCCUGGAUUACUUCCUCAACUUUGGGACUGGCUUCAAACCUCACCAGGCUUGGCUCAUCUGUUAAACUUAAAUCUUCACGGAGAUUUUAAUAAUGAACAAAAUUUGGAAACUCAACCUAUCAAAGCAGAGAAGGAAGCAUUUAUUCCGAGGAGGAGGAGCACAGGCAGUCGUUGGGCUGCUGCUUUAGGAUUGAGAAAUCGGUCAAGCUCAACAUGUUUCGCUGGUGAUAAUAAUGUCCUUACUGGAGGCAACAACCCUACAGGUAGGACCAUUGGAAGGCAGGAACUUAUCCCUGGAAGAAUGUCUCUUGAAGGAGUUUCGUCUACGCAAACACCUGAACGGUCGACUAUUGUACCACCAAGAAUGUCAGUCGAUCGAGUGAGGUCCACCCCACAGCGCUCUCCUGUUGAGCGACCACUUUCAAUGGCUGCAAGAAUGUCAGCUGACCAACUAGGGUCUACGUCGAGAGGUACUGGUUCUUGGGGUUCUACUUUUAUCAGUGAUCGUUCUGAGACGAGCAUACCUUUGGAGUCACCUCAUGUUACGUCAAUGCAAGGCCCUAGUCUAGCAAGAAGGGCUGUACAUGGGCGUACAGAAGCAAGCAGAUCAGUUGACAUUGGAUCUAAUAGGGGGAACGUCGGCGUUGAUUUGGAACCUGCUCGACGAUCAGCUGAUGGAAGUCGAGGAAAUUUAAGGAGGAUGUCGAAUUGGGCAAACAGGGUUGGUGAAUCAAGUAGGCCUCUUGAUAUUUUGGAAGAAAUUAGAGGUAUGGAGUCAGAAGAUAAUUUUGCACCUCGAAUCACGGAAAUGGAUAUUGUAAAGAAGGGUCCAGAAGGGGUGCCCGAGAAUGUGCUACCUGUGCUGCUGUUGUUUUGUGCAGCGUAUUCUCACCUGCUCGUUGUUUUGGAUGAUGAAGAGUUUUAUGAGCAUCAGGAACCUUUCACACUAGAGCAACAAAGGGUUAUUUCAGCCAUGCUCAACACUAUGGUAUACUAUGGGUUUUUGUCAACUUUUAAGCGAAGGAAUUCUCUGCUUAUGGAUGUCGCAAUCAAAUGUUUGAGGUCUUUGUAUGAAAGGGACUGCCGGCGCAGCUUCUGUCCUCCAAACCUUUGGCUUGCUCCAGCCGUCGCUACAAGACCUCCUACUGCUGCUGCAGCAAGAGCACAUGAGGUUGCUGUUGCGCUUGAGAAGAACGGCGGUGACUCAUCCCAGGCCCCAGCAUUGGGGGCUAUCCUGACAACGAUUCCUCAUGUUCUUCCAUUUGAAGAACGGGUACAGAUUUUCCGUGAGUUUGUUCGAAGCGACAAGCUGCUGAAGAGGAUGGGAGGGGAGGCCGUAGGUCCAGGACCAGGAACUACCGAGAUAGCUGUGCGACGGGACCAUAUUGUUGAGGAUGGGUUUUCUCAACUGAACGCGCUGGGCCCUAAGCUGAAGUGCUGUAUAAAUGUUUCUUUUGUGAACGAGCUUGGACUUGCAGAGGCAGGUCUUGACUAUGGUGGAUUGUUUAAAGAGUUUCUUACUGACCUCGCCAAGGCAGCUUUUGAUCCAGGAUAUGGUCUUUUUGUUCAAACAGCGACAGAGGAGGGCUUGCUUUUUCCUCACGCUGCUGCUGCGAGUCUCGGUCAUGGACUACGAAUGCUAGAGUUUCUAGGACGCAUUGUUGGGAAAGCAUUGUAUGAAGGAAUUUUGUUAGAAUAUUCCUUCUCCCCACUCUUUGUUUCAAAGAUUUUGGGCCGAUAUAGCUUUCUUGAUGAGCUUUCGAGUUUAGAUGCAGAGCUUCACCGCAAUCUUGUCUAUCUCAAGCACUAUGAAGGAGAUGCUCGGGACCUAGCAUUGGAUUUUACUGUAACAGAAGAGUUAUUUGGGAAGCAUUCUACUGUGGAGUUGCGACCUGGUGGUGCAGACAUCCCUGUAACAAACGAAAACAAACUGCAGUAUGUUCAUGCUAUGGCUGACUACAAACUUAACCAGCAGAUGAGACCGUUAAUAACCGCAUUUGCGAGAGGCAUGGCAGACUUGAUCGAUCCUCAAUGGCUUCGUCUUUUCAACGCCAAGGAAUUUAAUCAGCUGCUGUCAGGUGGCGACCACGAUUUUGAUGUGGAUGACUUACGUGUGCAUACUCGUUAUACUGGUGGCUACACUGAGUCUAGUCGAACAAUUAAAAUGUUCUGGGAGGUGGUUAGAGGUCUUGAAGGAGAAGAAAGAUGUGCACUUUUAAAGUUUGUAACCAGCUGUUCUAGAGCACCUCUUCUUGGUUUUAAACAUCUGCAACCUGCCUUCACCAUACACAAGGUAGCGUGCGAGGCAUCAGUGUGGGCUGUUAUUGGUGGUCAAGAUGUGGAUCGUUUGCCAUCUGCUUCUACUUGUUACAACACGUUGAAGCUUCCUACGUACAAGAGAGCAAGCACCUUGAGGGAAAAGUUGCGGUAUGCUAUAAAAUCAAACACAGGUUUUGAACUCUCUUGACCACGCGACACCCCUGGAGGACUGUUGGGGCUGACGUUCUUCUGAUUAAUGACGCGCAACUAGGAGGUAGCGAAUAAUACUAUGUAAUGAUAGUUUCAUGUACAGAAUUUGAUACUCGUCUGGAUUUAUAUUUGUGGCUUCCUUUUAAAGCAUUACUUCCCACUCCAGUACUUAGCUUGUGUGUUAUACUUCCUGCCCUUAGUUUUCGAUGGGCAGUGGGAAGUAUCGGUAUUGGAUACCUCUAGGAUAAAGCUUUUUGAUCAAUUCGGAGAAGCUAAGAUAUUGCUCUGUUAGUCUAGUCCAGAUCAGGUUGGAUCUGGUCAGAUUAGGUACUGGGGAUUAUGGUCCUCAUCACUAAUGUAAUAGAUUUCAAGGUAGAAGUAACCAUUUUGGUCUCUUCGUCCACCUGGCCACAACUACAGCUUGCAAUCGACGGAUUGUCGAUUCCCUGCACACUAUGCCCAAUAUUGAAGAUUCAAGGAGGCAUACAGCAUCGUCAUGCAAGGCUGCUCUUGGAGUUGAAGUUUCGUCCUCAUUAGAAGGUUACUGUUUAAGAUACUGCAGAAAAGGUGGUUUUUGGAGAUCCAGUUUUUAUUUAGAUUAGAGUCUUUGGUUACAAUCAUCAAAUGGGCUUCUUGUCCUGUCCCUUCCAAUUUGGACGUUACAUAAUUUGGGUCAGCGAAUUGGUAAUAGCAUUAUGUGGGAUGUGGAGAACCUUUGUUCAUAUGUGGUCAUGCUUGAGGCAACCGAAGAUUCGAAUUGAUGAUUCGUCAAUACCUUAAGUAGAUGUAAAGGCAAUACCUCAAGUUGUUUAAAGUGCAUAAAUUGGUACUUCCAUCGAA